CUUACUUUUGAGACUGAAAAUAAACAGGAAAAUGAUGGUUUUCAGUAUGAAGUUACUAAUUAUUAUCACUGUGUGUGAUGUAUUUUAAUGGUUCUAUGGUAAUAUUUAUUAUUUAUGGUAGUUAUAAGUACGGUAGACUAAAAUUGGAUAUAUCUAUUAUAUCUAUGAGUGUAUGUGGUACUUUAUACUAAGCUCCUUCAGUUUUCAAAGGUAAAAGAAUGUAACCUUACCAAUUUUUAUUUCUAUAUAGUUAGGUAGGUAUACUUAAUCAAAGUCUAUUUAAAAAGUAGAAGAAUUGUUAUUUCUUUAUUACCGAUAGGGUACAAUCAACCCCCAGUAAAAGAGAGAUUUUUUUUUCAACAUUAUUAGGCAUGUAUUACUUACCUACAUUACCUGCCCUAAGAAUAUCAAUUUUAUCCUUAUGCGAUCCAUACAUUUUAUGCGAUCAGGGAUUUCUCUUUAAAAAUAUGGACUACGUGUAGGUAGGUAUAUAAUUAAGUUUUCAGGGAGCUGUGAGGACUCGGUGACUGUGAGGGAGCCCCCCGCGCCCCCCGCGCCCCCCGCCAACAGGAUCGUCGGGGGACGACCCACCACCGUCGAGACAUACCCAUACAUGGCGUAUUUAAGAUCAUUAUAUACGAUGCGUGGUCAGAGGAUGCUGGGGGGUGCCUGUGGGGGCGUGAUACUCACACAGCACCACGUGCUCACCGCUGCGCACUGCUUAUUUCGAAAAGUCAAUGACACUACAGCUGUUACCGACGCGAAUUACAACUUCAGAUACACUCAAGAUAGUAAUCUUGAGUGCAUCUGAAGUUGUCAUUCGCGUCGGAACUACCUACAAUGACCGCGGAGGCCCAGAGCAUGCGACGUCCAAAACCGUGGUCCACGAGGACUACAAAUAUUUGAAGAGUUACGACAACGACGUGGCAGUGUUGGUGCUGCCGACCAGUAUGAGCAACUACCGGAGCAGCUCGGUGCAGCCAGCCGCCAUCCCCCCGGGGGGGUAUGUGGUCCCGGACAACGCGUCUGUGGUAGCUGUCGGGUGGGGACAGACUGAUAUGAACUGCAGCAAGUCACUCCCCCUCGGGCUGCGGCGCGUGGGGCUGCGCAAGGUGGACCGAGACACCUGCGCCGCGCGUUAUUCGAUCUUCUUCUCAUACAACAACAUGAUCUGCGCGGGGCUGCUUGGUGUUGGAGGAGCCGGCACUUGCAUGGGUGACUCCGGUGGUCCCCUGGUGUACAACGGGGUGGUGGUGGGGGUGACCUCAUUUGGGGUGACAUGCGGCGAUUCCUUCUAUCCUCACGUGUUUACACGCGUCUCUAGCUACACCGUCUGGAUCAACAACACUGUACGCCAAAACCAGGUCCACAACUCCGCCGCGGCGGCCGACGCCAACUCCAGUCUGAUGCUACUCACCUCAAUAUGGAUAAUAUAUUCCAAAAACUGAUUAAUUUUUAAUUUUAAGUACGCGCCGAUGGUGUUUGAUCACUCACAAAAUUUUAAAAACGUUUUAGAUAAUUAAUAUUUGUUGUGUCCUAGAUUUCACUUGCAAAGCUAGGGGUUGAGAGGGCCGUUAAUAGCUGUGUUUACCUUAAAUUUCCACGGUGGUUUUGUUAAAAACAUUGUUA